AUGAGGGUUUUCGUGGUAUGUGUACCAUCUGCUAUCUGGUGGUUUCUGGGAUGCCACAUGGUAGCCUGCUUAAAGAAACAAUUAUUGACUUCGAAAGGGGCGGACCCUCUUGACCUACAGCUGUGGUAUGCUCUCGAGUCUGUGACAGCAUUUACAGUAAAGCUUGCAACUCAAACACCUUCAAGUAUUUUCUUUCAUGUAACUGACAUUAAUGACAGAGCGUGCGUACCGUAUAUCCGCCUCAUGAUGAUAGGGCAAGUUUUCCCCUACCUUUGGGGAAAAGUCGUCGCCUGGGUAUUACCGUCUGAGCAACCAAGCUCCUCCCAGCGAACCAUCUUAAGACCCCCGCCUACAAGACGGGAAACAGAAGAGACAUCGUCUGUCCAAGAAACAAGGCAUCUACAACCUUUCGAUGUUGGCGGACUGUUAUCGACGGGGGAUUGUCACCAAUGUGCUCUGCCCUGCAAAAAUGAGCCUCAAUCUAAGAACGGACUUUCACAAAGAGUUGAAACAUCCGAAACUGUAGAUGAUACAGUCCAUAGCAGGGAUGAAAAUGAGUGUGCUCAGGUCGAUGCUGCUCCUGACGCCCUACGGCGGUAUGGCUUCGUUAACAAUACUUUAGAGGCUAAAUCCAGGCUUGCAGUGCUGUCUGGAAAUUGUAAAAAAGCAGAAGCUGAUAGACAGUCGCUUUAA